GAUUUUAGAGGAUAUAUUAUAACUAAAUGAUUCUGAAUAGUCCAAGUUUAGGUAUCUUACUAGCUGUGGUAUCAAUCAUAUGUUCAUCUGCAAUUCUUCCAUCAAUGAACUCAUACAAAGGUGUAUCUGUGGCAAUGAUGGGACUCUGGAGGAGCCAGCUCUCGUGUAUAUAUUGCAUACCAAUAACUUGGUAUUUACUUCGAAAGCUUCCAAAGAUUGAUGCAAAGGUGUUUACCUGGACUACAGUCGCAGAGAUUGUAGCUGGGUCAACACUCUUUUGCUGCGCAUCAACAAUGUUUUUAUUCAGUUCAAAAUUCACUCUCUACUCUCACACAAUGGUAUUGGCUAAUUCAGGAGGAGUUUUUCUGAUUAUAAUAAAUGUUUUAAGGCUUCUCCCAGUCAAUAGAUUAGAGGUUAUUGGCACUAUUGCAGUCAUUAUUGGCAUUAUCUCCUUGAUAAACGAUUCUAAAUCUACUAAAGGGGAAGGUGAGACGAACGUCCUACUAGGAGAUAUUUUGGCUUUACUCUCGAUGCCGCUUUUUACGAUGGCCUACUUUUACAAUGCUAGGGCUAUCAAGAACCUGCCUUCUCUUGUUGUAUUUCAUUGCUUUAGUGCGGUCCAUCUUGUCCUGUACAUGCUAUACCUGCUUAUAUCGAGCAACAGCUGCAUGAAAGUUUUGUUCUCGAGAGAUGACGUAAGCGGUAUGUUUGGUUGGAGUAACUCAGAACAUAUCCUGCUUUCUCUCUUCAUAAUAGGUCCAAUCUGAGGAGUGAUAGGACUUGGAUGCUAUGUGUUUUUGCUCGAUUUCUUCCCUCCUCAUAUUGUGAAUGGAGUGUUUUUAAUGGAGCCUUUUACAGGACAACUUAUUGGAUGUAUCUUAGGUCAGGAUGAUUUGCCGUCAGCUUUCACAUACAUUGGAGCCUUCUUUGUAACUCUUGGGCUCGGACUCUCAAUUUUUGGCGAUAUCAAGAAAUCUCAGUCAGAUAAUGGAAACACAAAGACCAAAUUAGAGAUUGAACUUUCUGAUAACUCUUUGUUAUAAAUUCUA